AACGUUUGUUGACAUUUAUUUUUUGGAAGACAAAAACAGUGGAGCCUCGCAGGGUGGUGUAUUUAUGGAAACCGACUAACGGACCUUUUGGAUACCUGUGGACACUAAAGACCACCGUGUCGUGAUUGAAACACACCUGUGGGUAUUUUGCCGGACUCGGGUCUAGACUGGACUCUUAAGCAGAGUGAAGAAAGAAGAUCAAGACCAGCAGAUGGACGGAGCAAGUCGGGAACAAAACAAACCGUGUCACCCAGACUACACGAGAGGCUGAAUCAUUCACAGGCUAAACAACCACCAGGCAGCUGACUUUACAGUAAUCUUACACAAAGAGGACUACAAUUUAUUUUGUUAACAUACGAGCAACGCGGUGAUUUAAGUCUUAACAGUAAUAACAUGUUACCAUGGUAGUGUAGGGUUACACGAGUCCGUCAGACUAGCGAGUUAGCAAGCUAAUGGUAGCCGAUGCUAACAUUACCCUUGGUUGAACUGCGGUGUAGUUAGCUAGCAGCAGAAAUUACUGAGGUUGUCAAGAGUUUUCUUCGUCUCUCAAAAGUGUUCAGUGCACGUAGCUCGUCGGUUUGGAGAAACAUCAAUAAUGUGAAGCAUAAUGGCGAACUUUGAAGCUUACCAGGAGUAUCAGAGAAUCGAGGACUUUGAGGAGGACUCGCCACCAGGGGAGGAGGAUUUACUGGUGCAUGUGCCUGAAGGCCUGAAAGACUCAUGGCAUCAUAUCAAGAACCUGGAUAACUUCUUCACAAGGAUCUAUCAUUUUCAUCAGAAGAAUGGCUUUGCUUGUAUGAUGCUGACUGAGUUCUUUGAACUUGUUCAGUUUUUGUUCGUUGUCACAUUCACAACCUUCCUUGUCAACUGCGUGGAGUACGAUGUCCUGUUUGCAAAUCGAGCGGUCAACCACACAGGGCCAGGCCACAACCCCUUGGAUAGGAACAAGGUCACACUUCCAGACGCCAUCCUACCGAGCCAGCAGUGUACUCAGAGGAUUCUAGAGGACAGCUGGAUUAUUUUCCUUCUUAUCAUGGCAGCCAUCUUCUGGAUCUAUCGACUUGUUAAAGUCAUUUGCAAUGUUUUGAGCUACUGGGAGAUUAGGCAGUUCUACAUCAAAGCACUGAAGAUCAGAAUGGAUGAAUUAUGCAACUUCACAUGGCAGGAAGUUCAGGACCGGCUCAUCAGCCUGCAACGAGAGCAGCAAAUGUGCAUACACAAGAAAGAGCUGACUGAACUCGACAUCUAUCAUCGCAUCCUUCGAUUCAAGAAUUACAUGGUGGCCAUGAUAAACAAAUCACUGCUGCCUGUGCAGCUUCAGCUCCCCCUGCUGGGCAAUGUGGUGUUCCUCACCCAGGGCCUCAAGUACAACUUUGAGCUGAUCCUCUUCUGGGGCCCUGGCUCUCUCUUUCAGAACAAGUGGAACCUGCAUCCAAAGUACAAGCGGAAUGGAAACCGCCUCGAGCUGGCACAGCAGCUUAGUAGAAUCAUCCUGCUGAUGGGUUUGGCCAACCUGCUGCUGUGCCCCUUCAUCCUCGUAUGGCAGGUGCUCUAUGCUUUCUUCAGCUAUACAGAAAUCAUACGCAGAGAACCCGGGAGCCUGGGUGCACGACGCUGGUCCCUGUAUGGUCGUUUAUACCUGCGACACUUCAACGAGCUGGACCAUGAGCUGCAUGGACGACUGGGCCGCGGCUACAAACCCACAUCUAAAUACAUGAACUCCUUUACAUCACCGCUGCUGACUGUGCUCGCUAAGAACAUUGCAUUCUUCUCAGGAUCAGUGUUGGCCGUGCUCAUUGCUCUGACAGUCUAUGAUGAGGAUGUUCUGACAGUGCAGCACAUCCUGACUGGUAUCACUGUGCUGGGGGUGGUCAUCACUAUCACCAGAUCCUUCAUCCCAGAUGAGCAUAUGGUGUGGUGUCCAGAGCAGCUGCUGCAGUGCAUGCUGGCACACAUUCACUACAUGCCAGACCACUGGCGGGGAACCGCUAACAAAAGUGAGACCCGUGAAGAGGUGGCACAGCUGUUCCAGUACAAAGCGGUUUUCAUCUUGGAGGAGUUGCUCAGUCCUAUCGUCACCCCCUUUAUUCUCAUAUUUGUGCUGAGGAACAAAUCUCUAGAGAUCAUUGACUUCUUCAGGAACUUCACUGUGGAGGUGGUUGGAGUCGGAGACAUCUGUUCCUUUGCUCAGAUGGACAUCAGGCGACACGGAAACCCAACAUGGAUGUCAGAGGGGCAGACGGAGGCUUGUUACCAACAGGCUGAAAAUGGCAAGACAGAGUUGUCUCUCAUGCAUUUCACCAUUAAGAACCCACGCUGGCAGCCACCUCAGGAGAGUUCAGUGUUUAUCAGUCAUCUUAAGGAAAAGGUGCAGCAUGAUGCACAGGGCGGCCCCUCCACCCAGCUGCUGCUCUCUGAGGCACCUCUCUGCACCUCGCUGCAGUCCAACGAGUCAGGGCCUGGGCCUGAUAAUUUGUUGGCCAGUGUCUUGGCUCACCCCAUUCUCACUGCCUCGGGUCUGCAAGGGCGAGACCAUCGCUUCAUCCCACCGAGCACCGCUGCUUCUGCUGCUGCCAGUGUUCUGGCCUCGUUGUCCACGUCCCAGCUUGCACACACCAGCCGUGGCCGCUCGCACGGGCAACUGCCCACAUCGUUGCACCCUGAGAGCACCAUGUACCGCAGCGAUCGUACCAUCAUUGACAGUAUGACACGUAGUGACAGCCGCAUUCAGAGCAAUGCACUGCACUCAGAGUUUGCCUCAGCAGAGAUGAGUCUCCAUGCCAUCUAUAUGCAUGAGCUCCAUCAACAGAGCUCCCAUCCACAAAGACCUUCAGGUCAGUGGCAGAACCCAGUGCCGAUGAGAGAUCUGCAUACAAGUACAGGUUUCCAGGCACAUAGCGGCCUUGAUUCAAGUAUCUGCAUGCCCACCCCUGUCCACCUUGGUGGCUGGAAAGAGGAAGAGGAGGAGGAGAAUGGAGAUGAUCAGGAGAUAAACAGUGGAUCUACUCCAAAGCAGGGCACUGGGAGUAGUUGUUGAAGUGCCUUAUGUCAUAAGGUGUAUAUAUAAAAGGACGUGUCUCUGAUCUAUGCUUUUUGGUUCUGUAUCCUGUGACAUACUCUUUUGUUGAAUCUAACAACAAACGGCCUUUUAUCCUACAAGGGAUACAUGGCCAUGACAACUUCUUCUUUCUCUGUUUUUUUUGUUGUUGUGUGUGUUUACAUUUUACUCGACGAACAUUGUGGCCUUAGAUGAUCUCCAUGGACAACUUAGCAUGGACCUUUAAAAACUCCAUUCAGCGUUUGUUGUGGGAAGAGGCUCAUUGAAUAACCACUGUCACUGCACGUCCAUGCACGUCCAUGCCUCCUCCUGUCACACCAGGCAGACUGUGGCAUCAGGGAAACCAUAAGUCUUCCGUCCACUUCAUCCUGAUUUUGUCACAAACUUGUACAGACAAUACAGAUACAGAGAGACUAUAGAAUGCGUGCAUAGGAUCACUGUGUGAUGGCGUGUGUGGCCAACUUUUGUUGUAGAAUGCAAAAGGCUCAUCUGCGUGUUUGCACAAUUCAUGUGUUUGUGCAUCACUUACGUUUGACAGUGUGAGUCUUGUUGAAUAUUGCAAAGUGUGGUGUCUUGAUCUGUGCUGCACAGACUACAAAUGUAAUUUAGCUGCCUGAACAAUUUUGAUCACCUGAAAAAAAAAAAAAAAGAAUUCAAUAUUUAAAGUGAAGCUGUUUUACCCUGGUGCUUUGGAAAUACACUUUUUUUUUUAUGACUAAUAAUUUAAAAAGUUCAAAUUUUUACUAUCAGAUCUAAUCCUUUAGAAAGAUACCAAGUAUUGAUAUACUAAAGCACUGACUGUAAAGUAGAAGUACUUCUAAAACACCAUGUGUACCUGGCUAAAGCCCUAUUGGGUUCAACAAAACUUGUUUUUGAAACCAGACAUCCGCAUGUUUGGAUGCUGCUGCCUGUGUUUAGUAGUGCUAAAUACAGAUUUUACUCAGUAUUAAUAUAUUCACAGCUGAGGUAUCAAGACAUUACUACUUCUGAAAAACUCAAAUGACGGGGCCCAAAUGCACAUGGCGUAAAAAUCGAAUGCAGAUGUAAGAUGUCUUUUAAUUAAGCUGGAUCAAAGUCAGCUUUAUGCCUUAACACCCAUAUAACAGUAAUAAAAACACAUAUUUAUAUCCUCGUUUUCUGUAUUACCUCUACAGUGGAGAAGAAAACCUAAUACUCCCAUCAUUACCUCUCCAAUAUAUUGACUCUUAUGUAAAUAUGUAUACAGAACAUAAAUGUUUCUUUUAAGUGUACAGGUGCAUCUUUUACCUGCAUUCAGAUUUUUAAUGACCGGUGUAAAUGGACUCGGUUUCAUUUCUUGCCCAGCGGAACUCUUGAAUCAAACAUUGAUGUCCAAAAGUGCAUGGGUAGGUUUUCUGUUUUCUGAACAAACCAGGGUGUUUUUGCUUUUACAAAUCUUUGUUGUUCACGUACAAUUUGUGUGUGUGUGUGUGUGUGUGUGUGUGUGUGUGUGUGUGUGUGUGUGUGUGUGUGUGUGUGCGUGCGUGCGUGCGCGUGUGUGCGCGUGUGUCAGUUUUUAAUCCAAAAUGUUCACAUAAAAGAUUUAACUUAAUCACAAGGGCUUAUUUGAGUGUGUGCUGUUGCUUCUGAAGCUUUAGGUUUGAAGGAUUAGGAGUAACUCAGCCUGUUCACAGUUAGCAUAAGUAGCUUUAAGUUAAUUUAUUACUCGUCUCCCCCCCGAAGAUAUUUUAUUGAUAUGUAAGUAUUAUUUAUUUGUUUAAAACAAAAGAUACAUUUUUUUACCUUCACAAAAGCUUAUAUUCUUUUUAUGAAAGUCAUGGCAUGCGUCCCGACAAUGCCCCACUCAAAGUAGUUUAAGAAGACUUGAUGAAGAAAGUCCUGAUAAAAAUGUUUUUCAUAAUGCACAGAUAACAUGGCCAGCAUGAUGUUGAAUGUGUUAAAAACAGAAUACUAAACUCAACCUGCUCGUGGAACCUGUGUGCAAAAAAAGAAAACAUUCAUCCCAUUUUUAUUGCAAUCGUUAAAAAUCCCAUUAACAGAUCUAAUCCUCUUCCACAGGGUACACUUGUUUUUGACCUGGUGUGUUUUCAGACUUUCUUUUGUUACUGUUUUUUUUUUUCUCUCGAAGGAAUGCGUUAAGACACCUGCGUUGUUAUGCAGACAUAAACUCAGAACAUUUUGCACUGAUGAAAAAAAAACAAAACAUUUUUUUAAAAGUGUGCAUAUGUACAGUACAUGCAACCGUCAGAAAAGGGACACUGAGUCAGUCUCCAUCCUGAAUGACCUCUUCUCAUUGUAUAUAAGAAAAGUAUCAGCACGUAUUGUAUCAUCAUGAAGUACAGCCGACCACCUGGAAACACUGUGGCUAAUCACAUAAGGUCUUUUUUUUGCUUUUUUUUUUGUACCUCUGAUCAGUUCAUGUUCACUCUGUCACAUUGUUGAAACAUGCUAACAUGGGUGUUGUGGUCUGUUUGUGCAGUGAGUUUAUGUUGUAGAGACACUGGAGCUCCGCUUUGUGUCCCUUGUUGUUAGUGUUCUGUCCCCACACUUAACACUUCACUGUCUCAUUUGUCAUUUUAUUUCAACCAGUGCCUUAGUUUUAAGGAUUAGUGUUUGCUCUUUUUAGAAGCCAUUGGGAUAUCUUUUACAGCACAGCACAUACAUGUACAGUGUUUUUUUUUUUCUACUUUGUAAGUCAUCGUGUAGCAUCGAGUAUAUAGUGAAGCCGUGGAUUUUGCUUGAAAACAGAUCUUGUGUCAGCACACUUCUUAUCAUGGUGUCUACAUUUGCACUUUCCUCAAUAUCCUAAACAAGCAUGAGUUGGAUUUGGCAGUGGCUCCUCAUGGACAACCUUUGCAUCAUACUAUGGUUUCUUAUCCACUAAACACCAGUCUGAGGAUCACAGUGACUGGAAAAAGGUGCUAAGUUUUCAUCCUGAAAUGUUGUACUUUUUUGGUUUUUUUUGUUCCGAAAGUUUAGUCUGUUUUUUUUUUUUAGUUGUGUAAAUUAAGAAACACUAGCUGAACAAUGAAAAAAAUGCCAAAAGAACUUGUUUUCGGCACAGCUUUACAAUACAUGUGUUGUUUUCUGUGAGUGAGUAGAGAGGCAAAUAAAUCUUAUUUUGAGUGUAUUUAAUCAUUUCAUGUGUGCUUGAUUAAGUGACGUUUAUUUGAAAUAAACAAUCUAUUUUAA